CGAAUCCCGACGCGAGUGUUUGUGGUGUCAGUCGGAGAGCGGUUUAUUGAAAACAGUGCGAAGGCGGCUGUAUAAAAAAGUCAAAAAUAUAACUUUGUGUAAUAUUGGAGAAAUUUCAGUAUAAAAUUGGAAGAAUAUAAUCAUAAAAUUAUCAUUAAGAUAAACUAAUGUAAAAGAAACAAAAUAUAACGGAAGGUUUUUAUGAGACAACAGAAACUUUUAUCUUAAAAUGAUAAUAACUUGUAUUUUUGUUAAUAAUGUUUUGAAGAGCAGACGUGCCAGUGAGUGACUGUUUCUUUUCGUUAAACAUUUGACUAAGUAACGGUUGUGCGUGAAUAAACAAUAUGAUUUGUGCAAAUUGUAAGGCGCUUAGAUCUGUCGCGAACGAAUUGUGUGCGAAAUAUUUUUCCACAACUUUCAAAGUUGGAUUAUCCAGUUUGCCAAGUGCGAUUACGUCAAGAACAAUUGAAGAUGUUACCGGUCCCAAAGGCCUUCCUGUCAUUGGCACAACGCUUUCUCUUCUGAUGGCUGGCUCCACUCCAAAACUUCACUACUACAUUGAUAAGAGACACCAGCAAUAUGGACCUAUUUUUAAGGAAAGUGUGGGACCUGUACCCUGCGUUUUUAUAUCCGAUCCAAAAGCAAUGAGAGCUGUUUUUACACAUGAAGGGAAGUACCCAAUUCACAUUUUACCAGAGGCAUGGACCACCUACAAUGUACUUCACAACGUAUCCAGAGGAAUAUUUUUUAUGGAUGGCGAGGAAUGGCUACAUUUUCGUAGAAUACUAAACCCGAUUCUUUUAAAAGGCGAUCAAAGUUGGAUAGAUGAAAGCUGCAAACCGGCUAUAGAUAAUUUAAUAGAAAAAAUUAAGUCUCAGUCUGCCAGGUACCCUUACAUCGACAUGGAAGGUCUGUUAUAUUACUGGUCUUUAGAAAUUAUUGUUUCUAUACUAUUGGGACCCCAAAAUUAUAUCGCAGCUAAACAAAAACUAACCGAUAGGAUAGAUUAUUUGUCUUCGACAUUGCGUUUGGUUUUCGAAACUAGUUCAAAAUUAAUGCUUAUAUCCACUAAACUUGCUGCUAAAUAUAGAAUCUCGAGAUGGAAACAAUUUGAAAAAUCUGUUACAUCGGCUCUAUUCUCUGUAGCAGACCUUGUCGAACUACUACUCUCUGAUUACGUAAAGAAUGGGGAAGGAUUAUUAGGAAAAUUGAAAGGAAAAAUGACAACUAACGAACUGGUGAGAAUAGUGACUGAUUUAAUAUUAGCCGCUGGCGAUACAACGGCUUACUCUAUGGAAUGGACAUUAUAUCUGGUUGGAAAAAAUCUUGAAGUACAAGAAAAGUUACGCAAAGAGGUUUUGGAAGUGAAAGGGAAAGAUGAUUUGGGCAGCAAAAUCUACCUAAAAAAUGCGAUUAAGGAGUCGCUCAGACUGUACCCAGUGGCGCCGUUUCUAACAAGGAUAUUACCAGACCAGGCGGAAAUUUGCGGCUACCAGAUGCCCGCCGGCACUGUGCUAAUAUUAUCGAUAUUUACUGCAGGCAGGGAUCCGAGAAAUUUCCAGGAUCCGUUACACUUCGAUCCAGACCGGUGGAACAAGAACGAUAACAACAGUAACAGGAUGCGGUUGGCUUCGAUACCCUUUGCUAUUGGGGCUAGGUCUUGCAUAGGCAAGAAGAUUGCGGAAACCCAAUUACAAAAAACGCUAGCGGAAAUUCUAGUACACUUCCGUGUCAAUGUGCUUAAUGAGGAAGCGGUAGAUGUUAAGCUGGAAAUGGUUGCGGUCCCAUCGGAGAAAAUUAAAUUUCAAUUUUCCAUUAAACAAUGAACACUUUUGUCAAAGGAAUAAGUAAUAGAACAAAGAAGGGCGGAUAAUUCUAUGAAUAAUGCCCGAAUUACUUGAAAUUGAUUUGGGAUUAUUUAAACCAGGAGCUUAAUCAACAAAUAAUCAACAAAUUUAAUGUAGUAAACGGAUAAAUUGUUAAUUUGUCAUAAGUUCUUGCCUUAUACAGGGUGUUUCAAAAAACAUGUGCCAUCUCUCGAGGGAAGAUUCCUCUUGUAAAAAUAAGAUUUAUUUUUCAUAUUAACUUAGGUCCGAUUCUGCUUUGUUUCGUACCUACAAGGGGGUUAAAGUAUUUCUAUCUUUUUUCGAUUUAUUAUAAUUUACUUCCAAGUGCGUUUUAGCGAUUCGAAUGACAUUUUGAGGGUAAAAGUUACUAUAAGUGCGACAUAUUUUAAUGCUAAAGAAUGGCGGAAGAUUCGCCAGGGGCGUGCAUAUGGGUUAUCACUGGAAUAUUUUUCUAAAAAGCACAUGUGCGCCACUGACAUGUUUUUCUCUUGUUAACGAAACUGUUUAGAUCGUUUAAUGCGGUUUAAAAUUUGUUUUUUAAUACUUUGUCGAUUUCGGCCUCCUUGAUUUAUAAAUGUCAUUUUAUUAAUUCACCUUAAUCUAAGUCUCAUAGCAACCUUUAAAAAAACUGGCCAAACUGUUAAAUAUGUACUCGUUGAUUCCUCAUCAAAAAAUAUGAAAAAAAAAAUUAUAUAAACAUGGGUGCCCGGAAAUGUAUAGUUUUAAAGUUACAGGGGAUGUUAAAGUUUUCAAAAAAUAGGUAUUUUGUAAUUACCUUAAAACCCAUUAUUUUUGAAUUAGCUGUAGUUAGCACUAAAUAUCAGUAUUAAUACACAAAUACAUAUACAUUAAACGGCCUAAUUUUUUUUUAUAACAAUUGUUGAUAACCCAUAUGCACGUCCCUGGUAAAUCUAUCGACAUAUUUUUAGCAUUAAACUAUGUAGCAGUUAUAUUAACUUUUUUCCCCAAAAUUUCAUUCGAAUCAUUAAAGGCACUUAGAUGAAACUUAUAAUAGAUAAAUAAAAAAAUGAAGAUUUUAACCCCCUGUUAAAAUGCUACGAAACCAAGCAGAGUCGAACCUACGUUGAUAUAAAAAAUAAAUCUUAUUUUUAAGUGCGGAAUCUGUCCACCAGAGAUGACACAUGUUUUUUGAAACAUCCUGUAUGGGAUGAUUGAUGGCGAUGCCAUUUACGGAGAACUGGUAGUAGGAAUUUUGAAAAAUAUUUUGAAAUUUUUUUAGCUUUUAGGUAAAAUCUAUAAUUUCUUGAUAUAUAUGGCAACAUAGAUAGUAGAAUAAAUAUACAAGAAAGAAAAU